ACUUUACCUGACUGCACAAGUCCAGGAAGGCUGGAAGUGAGGGAUGAAGUGUUUAAGCUUUCUUCCUUGGACCCUGGUGACAUUAUUGAUAAUUUUUAGAGAAAACUAUGGAUCUGAUUCUGAUGAAAAAAAUAGACCCAAAAGGAACAUCAAUCAGGCACAGUGAGUACCGUUCUUGACAUUUUGCUUGAAUUCAUAUAGAUACAGAAAAAAGUUGUCAUAGGAAUAGAACAAAUUAUGUAGCUUCAUUAAAUUUUUUAACAAUGUAUUCUUCCCUUUGACAUAUCAGGCCUCGUAUGUCAUCCGAAGGAGGCAAUUUAGUCUUCUACACUGGCUCUACCAAGAAUAUUGAGUUCAGAACUGGAUCACAGGGCAGAAUAAAACUUAAUGAAGAAGACCUUGCUGAUGUUUUCAGUCAGAUCCAAAGAAAUAAAGAUGAAAUUCUAGAACUAAAAAGACUCACCAACACACCUCUCAAUCUUUCUAGUGAAAUCAUCCAGCUUCAAUCCCAGAUUGUGAAUAUUGAAGACAGACUUUAUAAUCUUGAGCUGACCUUCUUUAAAAAGGCCUGUAAUAGCAACCCUUGCCAAAAUUCUGGAACCUGCAUAAACCUACUAGAUGCUUUCUUUUGUCUUUGUCCCAACAAUUGGCAGGGACCAGAUUGUUCUGUUGAUGUUAAUGAAUGCCAGAUUUAUGAAGGAACAUUCUUAGGAUGCCAGAAUGGAGCAACAUGUAUAAAUAAGCCAGGGAAUUACAGUUGCAUCUGUACACCAGAAACAUACGGACAGUACUGCACAUCAGAAUUUGAUGAUUGUCAAGGAGGAUCUUCUCUUCUUUGUGGGCAUGGGGUUUGUGUGGAUGGAAACAGAGAACAGCACAAUCAGCCUAGUUAUACUUGCAUCUGUGAUGAUGGCUGGAUGUCGCCUCCAGGGAGCCUUGCUUGCAAUGCUGACAUUGAUGAAUGCAGCCUUCCAAACCCACCUUGUUCAGUGAAUCCUCCUGUACGGUGUAUCAACAUGCGAGGCUUUUAUUUUUGCGAUCCAUGUCCAGCAGGCUAUGAAGGUGAUGGGAAAGUAUGCACAUUGAUUAACAUAUGCUCAGUCGACAAUGGGGGCUGCCAUCCACUUGCUGUAUGUAACAACAUAUCAGGCACUGUACCUAAUUGUGUUUGCCCAGAUGGAUACACUGGAAAUGGUUAUGGUUCAAAUGGAUGUUUUGCCCUGAGCACCAUAUGCCAAACACACAAUCCUUGUGUAAAUGGACAAUGUCUUGAUACAGCCUUUGGCUAUAACUGUGAGUGUGAUCCCGGUUGGAUUGGUAUCAACUGUUCAGAAAAAAUUGGUGAGUGUUCCAGAAAUCCAUGUUACUGUGGAGGAGGCUGCAUUACUGGAGUGAAUGGCUACACUCGUGAAUGUAAGGUAGUUGGACUGGACUGUAGCAUCAAAUAUCCAGCAGAGUAA